AGCUUCCUGUGAGCUUUGGUAGCCAAUGGGAAUACGAGGCAUAGGUGGGCGAGAUGGUUGGUGUACAAAGGGGUGUGUUGCUCCCAUUUAUAAAGCUGUUUUUGCUUCCUGAUCACACAGACUCAUCCUACCUGCAGAACACGUUCACACUGCGCACCUCUGCACCAGUGCUUGACAAAAAAGCAGAAUGGGUGACAGCAACCCAGUCAGUCAGGAAGUGGAGAACUUUGACAAAUGUAAGCUAAAGAAGACUGCCACUUCAGAGAAGAACAAACUUCCAACUGCAGAAGAGAUUAAAGCGGAAAAGAAAGAGAUGGAAGAGGAAUGUAAAUGAAUUGCUCCUUCAUCAGUCCUGGCUUCUGCUCCUCCACCACAUAUCUUCUGCCUCUGUUGCCAUGUGCCACUAUGAGCUGAUCAUAUUACUGACUUAUACUGUCUGUAAACCCAAUGUGUUUUAUUGCUUUUUUUAAAAAAAUAGAAUUUAGAAAUGAAAAGACAAAGGAAAGUGUUUUGCAGAACCCAAGAAAAAAUAUAACCAGAAAAUGUGCAUUCAUUGAAUUAGAUAUGAUGUCUGUGAGUAGUGCCAUUUGGAAAUAUUGUGGAAAAAUAGCAUCAAACAUGAUAUUUUUGUAACGUUUUAAAAUGAGGCAGAAUGUUCCAUCAGUAGCCUCCUCAAUUCACUUUCCACAUUAAAUUCACAAUGUCUUGACAAAUCAUGUUUCUUUAUAUUGACAUGGAAUUUGACUUUGAUUUUUAAAAGGUGCAAAAAAGAUAUGCAAGUAAAUAAAUGAUUUGUGAAAUGAAA